UCAAUGUAAUAAAUCCGAUUGCUGUAAUUUGCAAACCUUAUCCACCCCUUUCUUAUUCACAACCUAACAGUUCUCAAAAUGGCGUGACUUCUUUUACAACUGCUGAAAUCAACAAUAAACCAAAUCUGGAUUUAUCCCCCCAAAAAAGUAAUCAAUUCAAUCAGUAGCUUCUUAUGUUCAAGCUUCACCAUUUUUUACAUUGAACAUGUGGCUUAGAUUAUGCAAUAUGCAAAAAUUGCAACCUCUUUCUCUCUCUUCUCUGUGGUCUGCCCCACCACAAGAUCUGUCACAAGUAAAGCUAACUGUGAAUUGAACUAAGAAGUUGUGAUCAUCAUGUUUUGAACAUUUGGGGAUAAGAGUUAGUAGCAAGAGUUUGUUAGAUCAGCAAAAAUGGCUUUGGCUCCUACAGUCAAGGUGGUUUUAGGGUCAAUUGCCUUUGCAGUCUUUUGGGUAAUGGCAGUUUUCCCUGCAGUCCCUUUUCUACCCAUUGGAAGAACAGCAGGAACACUCCUGGGAGCCAUGCUUAUGGUAAUUUUUCGAGUUAUAACCCCGGAUCAAGCAUAUGCUGCAAUCGAUCUUCCGAUACUUGGGCUUCUGUUUGGCACAAUGGUAGUUAGUGUUUAUCUUGAAAGAGCUGAUAUGUUCAAAUACUUGGGUAAAUUGGUUGAAUGGAAAAGUAGAGGACCUAAGGACUUGAUUUUCAGAAUCUGUCUGAUAUCUGCUCUUUCUAGUGCUUUCUUCACAAAUGAUACAGCUUGUGUAGUUCUGACUGAGUUUGUAUUGAAGAUUGCUAGGCAACACAAUUUGCCCCCUCAUCCCUUUUUACUAGCUCUUGCUUCUAGUGCAAAUAUUGGAUCUUCUGCAACACCAAUUGGUAACCCCCAAAAUCUUGUUAUAGCUGUUCUAAGUAAGAUAUCAUUCGGAACGUUUUUAGUAGGACUGUUACCGGCUAUGCUUGUGGGUGUUUUGGUUAACGCCUUGAUCGUAUUAGGCAUGUUUUGGAAGCUGUUGUCAGUUCACAAGGAUGAGGAAGAUGCUGCUCCUGAGGUGGUUAAUGAAGGAGAAUAUACUUCUCAUCGAUUUUCACCUGCAACAAUGUCGUCUCAUUUAUCUCCUUCCAAUUCUAUAGUAUUGGAUAACCAUAGUUCCCCUAGUGUAAGAGGACAUUCAGAUCAUGCAGAUAAUCUAAGAAAUCGGUUAUCUUCUGAUACUGAAUUUCACAGUUUCGAGUCUUCAAGAAUGUCAGAUGCAUCUAAGGACAUGGUGGUCGAUGAAACAAUCCAAGCUGAGACUCCUGAAACAGUAAAGGGAGAGUUCAUUACACAACUGAAGCUGUUCUUAAGUGGGAAAGUAGUUAGUGAAAAGUGGAAGCACACGAUUUGGAAGAUAUGUGUUUAUCUUGUUACCUUAGGCAUGCUAAUUGCUCUGCUCUGUGGUUUAAAUAUGUCGUGGACUGCGAUCACUGCUGCACUGGCUCUUGUAGUUCUUGAUUUCAAGGAUGCUCGCCCCUCACUAGAGAAGGUCUCAUAUUCACUUCUGAUAUUCUUUUGUGGAAUGUUCAUCACGGUUGAUGGAUUCAACAAGACAGGCAUUCCUGGCAAAGUAUGGGACAUUAUGGAGCCGCAUUCUCAGGUUGAUCGUGUUGGUGGAAUUGCAGUUCUCGCACUGGUCAUUCUAGUCCUCUCAAACUUAGUAUCAAAUGUUCCAACUGUUCUGUUGCUAGGAGGACAAGUAGCAGCAUCUGCGGCAGCAAUAUCUGCAUCAGAAGAAAGAAAAGCAUGGCUGAUCUUAGCUUGGGUAAGCACUGUGGCAGGAAACUUGUCUCUCCUAGGAUCAGCAGCCAACUUAAUCGUGUGCGAACAGGCUCGACAAGCCCCUUAUUUGGGAUACAAUCUCACUUUCUGGAGACACCUUAAAUUUGGAGUUCCAUCCACACUUGUUGUCACAGCUAUUGGCUUGAUUCUGAUCAGAGGUUGA